UCUCCUGCGGAUGGGGGGUGGGCUCCCUGCUGCUCCCCCUCCUGCCUGACCCACCCCCCCCAACCUUGCCCCGAGAGGGAAACUGAGGCACGAGCGCGGAGGCAGGGGACAGGACGGCGCUGGAUGUCCCCCGGGUGUAGAACACGCAGCCCCCAGGGCCGCAGGACGAAGAAGAGGAGGAGGAGAAGCCCCCCGGCCCCGCUGCCUCCCCCAUGAGCCGUCGCUGCUGCGGAGCUUUGGGCAUCGCACGUGGGCUCGGAGCACCCCGGGAUUCACCCGCUCGUCCCGGGAAGGAGGCGACGGGAGCGUUCCCAGCGCUGCCCGGGGGGCUUCGGGCAGCGCCAUGCAGCCCCUCACCCUGCAGAACCUCUCCAUAUGUUUCCAGCUGCUCAUGUUCUCCUGUCAGACCCAGUACGUGAGGGACCAGGGGGCCAUGACGGACCAGCUGAGCCGGCGGCAGAUCCGCGAGUACCAACUCUACAGCCGGACCAGCGGCAAGCACGUCCAGGUCCGCGGAAAAAGGAUCACGGCCACCGCCGAGGACGGCAACAAAUUCGCCAAGCUGAUCGUGGAGACCGACACCUUCGGGAGCCGCGUGCGCAUCAAGGGCGCCGAGAGCGAGAAGUACAUCUGCAUGAGCAAGAGGGGGAAACUCAUCGGGAAGCCCAACGGGAAGAGCAAGGACUGCAUCUUCACCGAGAUCGUGCUGGAGAACAACUACACGGCCUUCCAGAACGCGCGCUACGAGGGCUGGUACAUGGCCUUCACCCGCCGGGGCCGGCCCCGCCGCGCCUCCCGCAGCCGCCAGAACCAGCGCGAGGCUCAUUUCAUCAAGCGCCUCUACCGGGGCCAGCUGCCCUUCCCCAACGCCGAGCGGCAGAAGCAGUUCGAGUUCGUGGGCUCCUCGUCCCCCACUCGCCGCUCCCGACGCACCCGCGGCCCCCGCACGUAACCCCCGGCCUGGCUGGAGCCGUUCGGUUCCCCUGGCGCCCGUCCAGUUCCCUCGGAGCCCGUUUGGUUCUCUCCAGAG